AUGAUCUUCUCCACCGUCUUCUUCACCGGCCUCCUCGCUGCCACUGCUGCUGCUCUGCCUCACCGUGCCCGUGACUCGGGCUCCGGCAGUGUCCAGUUCGUCAACAACAUGAGCGACGAUGUCUACAUGUGGACCACUUCCGCCGACCCCGGCGAGAUGCAGACCCUCAGCAGCGGCGGUGGCACCUUUAGCCAGGCGUGGCAGACCAACUCCAACGGUGGCGGUAUCUCCAUCAAGCUGUCUACCACCACGAGCGACACCGACAGUGUCCUCCAGUUCGAGUACACCGUCGACUCCGACACUCUCUACUGGGACAUGUCUUCCAUCAACAUGGAUAGCUCUUCCGACUUUGUCACCAACGGCUUCUCUGUCGUCCCCAGUGACUCCAGCUGCACUACCGCCACCUGUGCCCCCGGUGACACCGACUGUGCCGAUUCCUACCAGCACCCUGACGAUGUCAACACCCUCUCCUGCUCGACUAGCGCGACCUACGUCGUCACUCUGGGCUAA